UGAUAGACUCGAGUUUCGUCUGUUUAACCGAAAUUAUUCAAUAACGAAACUCGAGUUUGCUGAACACUUUGGUAUCCCGGUGCCCUACGAGAGAGCCAUCUCGGAUAACACCAUUUUUGGGCACUCCCUAUGGACAAAGAUGACCGGGGAAAUGAGCUUUAACUCCUCCCAAAUGUAUAUUAGUCAUGUCCAACACCCCGUCCUCCGGUUAUUCUUGAAAUUCUUAGCCAAUUGCUUGCUUGGCCGUCCCAACAACCAUCACACUAGAAUUGGGGACGUUUGUUUGAUGUCUGUGGCCCUAUUCCGUCGUCACGUAGACUUUAAUCUAUGCAAUCUCAUGUGGGCACAUCUGAAAAAAGAAAGCGUAGCCAAAGGAGCCAUUGUUUUGGGAGGGGUAAUUAUGCACUUGGCCGGAAAAUUCGGGUAUACGGAUAACUCUCCUAUACCCGAAUAUUGUUUGAUGGACAUAGGUUGGUUAGGCCGAUCAGGCUGCACCUCUUUUUCUCAUACAGUGUACAUUGGAGACCAACCAAAACACAUGUACAACUGGAUCAUACACGUCCAGCCGGUCCAAUACUUCCUUUUGCCAAACCCCGACACUCCCAAAAUCAUCUACAGGCCGGAGUUCGAGGUGCCCCACUACCUAUUCCCUCACGCCCUACCACCACAUCUCCAAGAACCACAAGCCCAAGAUCUCCCCGAAGACCAACCCGACCAAGAGCCUCAACCCGAGUACCAAGAACCCGAGGUUGCACAUCACCACAUGCCCGCACCUAACCAAGCUUUCCCACCUCCCGAUUACUUCCAACAACUGCUUGACGGAUUUAAUAGAGUUACUAACGAAGUUGGUAAGUAUCGGGAGGAACAAAGGGCAGGAUUUCAAAGAAUAGAAGAGCAAAGGGCCGAAGACAACCGACGGUAUGAAGAGGAUCAACGUAGGUUCUAUGGACCGAUGUACUCUUACAUGGCUCAUCAAGGCCAAUUCCACACCAUGGCUCAACCACCACCACCCCCCUCUUGGUAUGACCCCACUCAAUGGGGUAAUUUUGGAGGAUCUAGCUCCGGGGGUGGAGGUUUUGAUGGAGGGGAUGAUGGCGGCGACACCCACAUGGGCGAUGGGAGCUUUGGAGGAGGCUUUGGAAGCGGCUUUGGAGGCGGUUUCUACGGCGGAGAAGGCGGGCACUAGGGACAGUGCUUCAACUAAGUGUGGGGGAGGAGAUUACUCAUGGAAACCAUUUGAUCUCUUGAGGAGAAAAGAAGAGGAGGCAAAGAAGAAGAGGCAAGAAGGAGCAUAGAAGAUCAUAAAACCCAAGAAAGAAAGUUGUUUGUAAAAAUCAUUUUCCUAUUUCUUGGUGAUCUUAGUUCAUUUCUUUCUUGAACUCAUGGAAUGGUCUUAAACUGUUUGAACAUUUGACUUUACUCGAGGACGAGUAAAGAACUAAGUGUGGGGGAGUUGAUACGUUUGUAAUUUCCGUAUGUUUAUUUACGCUUUUAGUUAGUUUUGAUUGUUUAAUAUUUCGGAAAUUACACACUUUCGGUGUAAUAGUUUAGUUUGUUAAAUUCUUGUAAUUUGUUUAGAUUAGGUUUAUUCUGAGCUUAAACAGGUCCAAGAUCAAUCAAAUGAUCAAUGGUGAAGGAAGGUGCAAGAGUACAAGACAAAAAGAAGGAAAAAUCCUGAUUUUGGUCUAUACUCGAUCGAGUAUAUACAUAUACUCGAUCGGGUAUCUGGUUGACAUUUCAAAUCGGAUCGGAUCCGAAAACAAAGGAACAUGCAGGAGAAGAUUUUCCCACGUUCGAGUGUCUAUACCCGAUCGGGUAUGCUUAUAUACUCGAUCGGGUAUGCAUAUAAAAUCUACUCGAGUAUUGAUCGAGUAUUGACCAAAUUCUGAUUUCUAUACAUACUCGAUCGAGUAUGUAUACAUACUCGAUCGAGUACUCGAUCCUGCACCUCAAAAAGCCUAUAAAUACACCCCCUUUCCUUCACUUUUAGACACCAAUUCCUAUAUACUCUUAAGCUCAGUUUAGAAUAGCAUUUCUCUAUAUUUCUUUUAGCAUGUUUAGUCUCCAAAUGAGGAGCUAAACUUCCAUUUCUUGGUAUUGCUCUUGAAGCUUGUUGAUUAUUAAAGUUGUGAGUUAUUUUCUUAACUUCUUUUCCUUGAAUAUUAAUUCUUCCUUUAAA